AUGUUUCAUACCGCCCAAUGGUCGUCUGUCCACUGUUACGCUACUCCUCCGCUUAGUUCCAUCAAGAUCUGGGCCAAUCUUACAUGCGUUCCUCAAGACCUGCGUUACAAGCAAGGACUCAGUUUGGUGGCUCGGUUAAUUGGGGAAUCUAAGGAGACUGAUGAUUUCACUCUUAAUCUAGUCAGUUUCACCUUAUCUCAUGUGAAGGUGGAAGUGGAUCUUACCAAGCCGCUUCCAAGUGUUGUGGAAUUUGAAAGACAGAGUGGCGAGGUCGUUGAGGUCAAGGUGGAUUAUCCAUGGCUACCUCCAACUUGUUCUCACUGUAAAGCGCUUGGACAUGUGAUCAGGAAUUGCUUGCAGUUCACGCCUCCAAAGACCCCCCUUCCUAGCGCCUCUGUCACUGUUGAAAAAGCAAAGAAAAAGUGUCAGUAA